CUCUCUUAGGUAGGUUCUCAGUAAAGCUUUUUCUGGGUUUCUCAGUAAAACUUUUUCCUGGGUUUCUCAGUAAUGGAAAAGCUUAGUUUGGAUCAUUUGCCACGUGGGGUCAGAUUUAGUCCGAAGGACAAGGAGGUCAUCGAACUCUACCUGAAGAAGAAGAUCACAGGGAAUGAUAAAGACACUUGGUUUAUUCCCGAAAUUGAGUUCUAUAAAGAUGAGCCCUGGGAUUUACCAUUUAAAAGUGGGAUUGAUACGGAGGAUCAAGAGUGGUUCUUCUUCACCGAACAGAGCCUGAAGCAUCAGGACGAUAAUCCAAAAAAGAGAAAAAGGGAUCAGAAACAAGAAAGGGUGAACAGGAAAACCAAGGCUGGGUUCUGGAAAUCAACUGGUACAGAUAGGGAAAUCAAGUCUGGAGAGAGCUUGAUUGGAAUGAAGAAGACUCUGGUCUUCCAUAUGGGGACUACUAAGGGAAAAGAGAAGGAAAUAGGGACUAAGUGGGUAAUGCAUGAGUACAGCACAAGCCAGAAGGAUUUUGAUGGAAAACACCCCGGUCAGUAUAUAUUAGGCAAUGAUGUUCUGUCCACCCAAUUCACUUGGGUGCUUAACAUUAUGCAGAAGGCCUUUGUCCUUUGUCGUUUAUUCGAUAAUCGAGAAAAGAGUACCAAUGGUGGACCUGCUACUUCACUUGAUACCUCAUCUUGUAUUGAAGAAACGAAGUCUAAGUCAUCGCUGGCUCCUGUAUUUCCAGCAUUGGAUGUGCAAGCUGAAACUCAUCAAACAAGUAAUCAAUCUUGUUUAGCUAAAAUUCCUGAUGAAAUGUUGUCUGAUGCUACAGCACCUGUUCAAUGUGAAAAUGCUUCUCUUGCAGAAAAACAGGAGGCAGAAAUGACAUCUCCUGAGGAUGAAUUUAAUGUGGAGGAAUUUUUGAAUAAGCUCUCCCCAUCCGCAUUUGAUUUUUAUGUGGACGAAAUGAUGUCUGAUGCUACAGUACCUAUUCAAUUUAAAAAUGACAACUUCAACUCUGAGGUUGACCAGGAUUUGGAGAAAGCCCCCAAAAUGUUCUACCCCCAUCCACCAGAGCCAUUAGAUUGCAACUUUUCCUCCGUAUCAACUAUAACUACCACUACGCCAGCUGUUUCUUCUCCUGCCACAGCUAAAGCUUCUCUUGAAGAAGCGCAGUCUAUGCUAGCACCAGCUUCAGUUUCUCCAAAAUUAGGAAGUGAAGCUGACAAUUAUCCCAUGAAUUUUCAAUGUUGUCCAGCGGAAAAUUCUGAUGGAAAAACAUCUAGCAGUAUACCACCCAUUGAGUACAAUGGUUAUAACACCUGUGUUGCAAAAAAUGAUGUGGUAGAAAAAAAAUCUGAUGAGGUGGAGGCAGGAUGGAAUAUAUUCCCUGUUGCACCACAGCCACUAGGUUGCAACAUGUUAUCCCCAUUACACUUGCAGAUGCAAGUGGACGACUGCUUUCGGUACAAGUCUAGCUGUGAAAAUAAUCUUGCUUUUGAUGAUGAAACCCAGGAAAACAUGGUCUCUGCACAGUUUGAUCAAGAGAAUCAAGAUUUUUUGUGGCUUGAAGAUAUCAUCCAAAGUCCCAAGGUUUCACCUGGGUUGUAAAAAUCAGGAUCAUAUCUAGGAUCUGAGGGAGGGUCUUUGGAUCAGAUCAUAAAAUUUUACAAUUAAAGGAUGUCAAUGAUUUAGAUAGAUAAUUAAUUCAAUAUUACUUAUAAGACAAGGCAAAAAAAAAGAAAGAAAGAAUUAUGGCUUUCUUGGGAAGUACUUACUAAAAAAAAGUCUUUCCCGGAAAGAGUAGAAGAAUUUUUAAUACUCUUUGAAGACAGCUAAAUUAAAAAGGAUAUUAGUCUUUCUUAAAAAUUUCAAAAGAAUGUUUAAUAUUCUUUAAAAACAAAGCUAAAAGUCAAAGAAUUAUUAAUAUUCUCUGAAAUCCCGCAUGUAAGCAACAUUCAACCAAAGUUUUGGGAGGUCUGCUGAAAAUGGGUCAUCUUCCUUUUCCCACUCACAUUUGCAAACAUUCCCUAAAGUCUACUCACAGUGAUUCACUCUUUUUCAACUCAAAAGAAAAAGAGACUUCUAGUCUUUUACAAACCAAAGACCGAUGGUCUUUUACAAUCAAAGGCCUAUGGCCUACUUUUACUACUUAUUGUCAUUGGAACUUGGGUUGUUACUCUUCCCCACUUUCCCACCCCACCCCCCAGAAAAAUAGUCUUAAAAAGACUUCCAAAUUGGGUUCCUUACUUUAGUUCCAUGUUGAGUUUAAAGGUUUCUCUAAAAGAAACCACAAUCUGGGUUGGAAUUUUAAUAAUCCCUCUUAAAAGACUCAAAUUAAUGUUUAAAUCAUUGACAUUUUAGAUCUGUAGAAUUGUGAGGUUUAAGAUCCUGAUCAAGAUUUUAGCAACCCCCAGACUUUGUUACAGAGUGAAAACAAGUACAGUCUUCACUUCUGUGUAUAAUGCAAUUUGUAUUUUAUAUCUCUGGGAUAUCACACUCUUCUCACAUGGGGUGGGUAUCCUCGUGAUACUAAAUACCUUCUCGUGUAUCAUGUUGAUGAGCACUGGAUAGCUUUGGUCGUCUUACAUAGUGAACCUACAAGUGUGGUACGUCAUCAUCUGCUGGUGCGGUGAACCAGUUCUAUAUGUAUAUGAUAAAUCAAGCGAUCAUUUGGAAUUAGUAUAAGGGUUUGGCAACUACAAGAUUGGAGCAAGACUUCGUUGUUUUUAAAUCUAUAUACAAUGUGAUUUAUGUUCAGCUGUAUUGGAUAAUCGUUGUUUUUCUGUAAACAUGUAAUAAAAGUGUUCAACCGAUGAUUUUCUUUAA